AACUUACGGCGUUUCCUCCUGAAACCACUCGACUAAGCGAGCUGUCUCUGAACGAGAGAUUGAAGGAAAAACAUCAUGACAAGCAACAAAUUCGACGUAAUUGUCAUUGGAGGAGGCAUCUCAGGUCUGACGGGGGCCAAGCUGCUGGUUGAAUCUGGCCUGAAUGUACUGGUGCUGGAGGCGCGAGACCGGGUAGGAGGAAGGACCUUCACUGUCAGGAAUAAACACUGCAAGUAUGUCGACCUCGGAGGAGCAUACGUGGGCCCCACUCAGAACCGCAUCCUGCGUAUUGCCAAGGAAUUGGGCAUUGAGACAUACAAGAUCAACGAGGUGGAGAACCUGGUCCAUUACGUGAAGGGAAAAUCUUAUCCCUUCAAGGGACCUUUUCCUCCCAUGUGGAAUCCAUUUGUUGUGAUGGAUUUUAACAACCUCUGGAGAAAGAUGGAUGAAAUGGGAAAGGAGAUCCCUAGAGAAGCGCCAUGGAAAGCACCACAUGCAGAGGAGUGGGAUAAAAUGACCAUGAAGGAACUCUUCAACAAACUCUGCUGGACAAGCACCGCCCGGCAGUUUGCCAACGUGUUUGUGAACGUGAACGUCACCUCGGAGCCUCACGAAGUCUCAGCUCUCUGGUUCCUGUGGUACGUCAAGCAGUGCGGAGGAACCACGAGGAUAUUCUCCACUACCGACGGGGGGCAGGAGAGGAAGUUUGUGGGCGGCGCAGGCCAGGUGAGUGAGCGCUUAAUGGACCGACUCGGGGAUCGAGUGAAGCUGGAGAGGCCGGUGUGCAGCAUUGACCAGAGCGGGGACAACGUGGUGGUGGAGACCCUGAACCACGAGAAAUAUGAGGCCAAAUAUGUCAUCAUUGCCACAGCUCCAGCACUGAACCUGAAGAUACACUUUAACCCCCCGAUGCCCCCCCUGAGAAACCAGCUGAUCCACCGCGUCCCCACUGGCUCUGUCAUCAAGUGCAUGGUCUACUACAGAGAGGCUUUCUGGAAGAAAAAGGGGUACUGUGGCAGCAUGGUGAUUGAGGAGAAAGAAGCCCCAAUUAGCCUGACACUGGAUGACACCAAGCCUGACGGCUCUGCCCCUGCUAUCAUGGGUUUCAUUCUCGCUAGCAAGGCCAGAAGGUUGGCAAGUUUGACCAAAGAAGAAAGGCUGAUCAGGAUUUGUGAAAUUUACUCCAGAGUCCUUGGGUCCGAAGAAGCAUUGCAUCCUGUGCACUACGAGGAGAAGAACUGGUGCGAGGAGGAGUACUCUGGAGGCUGCUACACUACAUACUUCCCUCCGGGCAUCAUGACACAGUAUGGAAAAGUCCUUCGGCAGCCGGUGGGCAAGCUAUACUUUGCUGGGACUGAGACAUCCACUGAAUGGAGUGGCUACAUGGAGGGGGCAGUGCAGGCUGGGGAGAGAGCAGCCAGGGAGAUUCUCUGUACUAUGGGGCUGAUCUCUGAAAGUGACAUCUGGAAACCUGAGCCGGAGUCAGUGGAUGUGCCAGCACGACCCGUCACCUCAACGUUUUGGCAGAGGAACUUGCCGUCCAUCCCAAGCUUCUUGAAAGUGAUUGGGUGGUCUACGUUCCUGACCUCUGCCACAGCUGUGGGCCUCAUGGCUUACAAAAAGGGUCUCCUCACCCGAAGCUAAGUCAAAAAGACUUGGUUAGAGGCUUCCACAAAAUGUCUUUACCGUAUGCCUUUUCUUUUUCUGUCACUCUCACUGUGUCCCUAUUUUCUCCCAGGGAAAUGUAAAGUAAGUGUCAUUGUUUUGUCAAGUAAUACUACUUUGACUAAAGACUUUUACUUAGGAAGAACAAAUUGAUUCAUACUUUUUUUACAGUUUGACAUUGUAACCCCAUGGGGGUUCGUACAUGGUGAUUUUUGUUUAUUGUAGAUGUGAGAGUAAGCACUGCAGCUGCUUUCAUAUUUAUACAAAUAUACAAUGUUAUCACUUUUUAAUUAAUUUAUAGUGAUUUUAAUUGUAUGGGGCCUCAUUUUCACAUCACAAAUGUAUUGUUCCAAGCUAUCUUUCUGUCUAGGACUGUGUACCCAACAGUAGCUUGAAUUAGACAGCGUUUCUCAGCUGUGGCUCUUUCAGACCCUUCCAAGCAGGGACCAUGUUCAUACUUCAUUGGACGCAUAGGCUCAUUUUAAACAAUGAAAUGCCUUAAUGGAACUUGGCUCUGGAUUGUUUAAUUCAAUAAUUAAAGAGAUGAUUGGAACAUUGGACUGGAGUGAAAGAGCCACAAGUGAGUGCCACCGAAUUAGACCAUUAUGAAUAUAUUCCUUGAACACUCAAGAUGCUUUCUGAAGUUUACACUCUGUUAAUCUGCAGCUUAACAUCAUUGUCUGUCGUUACGUAAUUAAGUUGAGUAAUUAGGCCUCAUUACAUUUCUCAUAAAAAUACUAAAUGUCUCCUAAAAGUCUUUACAGCACCAAGUAACUUUGCAGAAAGAUAACCCUAGAAUAAGUCAUUUUAAUUGCUUCAGUGUCUUCGACUAAAAAAAAAAAAUAUACAAAAAGUUUCCUGGGCUGCUGCUUUGAGUGGGGUCCUUCCUAGACCUGCAUAGUAAAGGGUUAGAACAGGGGUGUUCGAUUCUGGUCCUGGUUUUUGUUCUAACUCUACCCUAAAUUACUUAAAUCGAUCAAUUAAGUGCUUAUUAGAAGCUUAGUUGCUCCAAUUAAUUAAUUUAGGGUACAGCUGGAACAAAAACCAGGAGGGACACCGGCCCUCCAAUACCAGGAUUGCACACCCCUGGGUGAAAGUCUCGCAAGCUCAUCACUAGCCAAAGGCUAUUCAUUAUAAGUUUGGGCUUUUAAAGGGAAUGGGUAGUCUCUCCUACAAGAUUAUGUUUUCAUGAACUUGAUCAGUAAUAAUAAUACUUGCAUAGUUUCUUACUCAUUCUUUACUUUCUAAAAUCAUGGGAAUGUAGCUUUUUCUCUUUUAUAAAUACAAUUAAAGGUGUAUUGACAAAGGGGAAAAAAAUCAUCCAGGAAUGAUGUAAAAUACAGUUUUUUUAAUAGAAUAUAUAGGAAUAGUUUUUUGUUUUGCUUUUAAUUAUUUUUUAAAAUCAUCAGAAAAUAUCCCACAGAUACAAUUCAUCUUCCCCAAUAACAGCAGCAGUGUGCGCACAUUGCUGUAAAAAUGCAAAACGCCAGUAACAGAGUUGCAGCAUCUCCUGUUUUAUGGGGUAUAACCAAACCACCUAUAGAAUGACUCCAAAGUCAUGCUUGCAUUAAGAACAAAGUAGCACCAUGUGCAAUGGCAGCUUUUUACACACUUGGCAGCUACCCAUCUACCAUUUUACUCCCAUAACACAGGAACCGCAAAACUAGUGUACGACGUGAAGUUUGGGUAACAGCCAUUUAUCAUUAUUAUUAUUAUUAUUAUUAAUUUGGCUGAUACCUUUAUCCAAGGUAACUUACAGGUGUUACAGAGCAG